CCGCCCCUAACGACUCGUUUUUCGUCGACUCUAUUCGACGCAUACUAUCGAUGAGGUGUCAAAAUCCCAAUAAAAAGCACAACGACUUCAUCCAAUUACUUAUGGAUACGGAAGCCAUAAAUACCGGGGAGGGUAUGGACGAGGAUAGGGGUCUCAAUACGAAUACACAUCACGAUAAUGAGGGCGAAGAAGAGUCAGAAAUCCGGAAAAAGGUUUUUGAUAUAAAACUCGCGAAUAAACGACUGACUGAAGACGAGAUCGUGGCCCAGGCCUUCGUAUUUCUAUUGGCCGGAUAUCUAUCGACUACCGGCGCUCUGGCCAACUGUCUGUACGAAUUGGCCGUCAAUCCCGACGUUCAGCAACGGCUAUACGACGAGAUUAACGGUGCCGUCGAUUCGGACACCGGGCACAUAGAGUACGACCGAUUGGCACGACUACCCUAUUUGGAUGCCGUAAUGGCUGAGACACUGCGCCACCAUUCAUUAGCCCUUCCACUGUCCAGAUACCCGACCCGGGAUUAUCAGUUAGGCACAACUGGUAUUACCAUAAAGGCGGGACAACAGGUGGAAAUACCUAUCUAUGCCAUACAUCACUCGGAACAAUAUUACCCGGAUCCUUUUAAGUUUAAGCCUGAU